AUGAACACUACCUUUACCGUCGUGGCGCUCCUUGCGCUGCUUGCGCUCUCAGCUUCCGCCGACGAGCUCACGUUCUGCAACUACAUCUCGGGCGAAGCCGUCGUCCUCACCAACGGCGUCGUCACCUCGGAAACAACUGGUACGGUCAACGCCAACCAGUGCGUUGCUUUUUCGUACACAGCGGCGGCGACGCUGCAGCUGCAGCUGAAGAAGGCCUCCGAUGGCGCGCUCAUCCAGGCCAAGAGCUACGUGGUGCCGUCGGACCGGUCGGAUCGGCGGGUCUUUGCUGUCCGCUCCUCGGGCCUCAUCUCGUCCACCUCGUUUGAGCUCCAGACACUCGCCUCGGUCUCCAAGAGCGCCGACAAGGCGAGCGUGGUGGUGAUCAACCAGGGCCUCGACCUCACGUCGACGCUUUCGAUGCGCGUCGGCGCCUCGGUCAAUGCCGCCGCCUACCUCGGCCUCUCCACUGUUGCCGUCGACACCACCGCCGAUGUCAAGAUCUCCGCCGAGACCUCGGCCGGCGCCGAGGUCGCCGCCACCACCAUCACCCAGGCUCAGCUCCGCGCUAAUGCCGGCAAGACCAUCGUCUCGGUCCUUAUCGGCUCCGAGUCGUCGGCGGGCUCGACCACUGGUUCGACCUCGACCUCGACCUCGACCUCGACCUCGAGCUCAACCUCGGGCUCGACUUCGGGCGUCGCCACCACCGCCCGCGCCAUCGAGACUCGCUCGUCCGGCAGCCUCCGGUUCGAGACCACGGACGAGAACGGCAACUCGCUCAACUCGGCUGCCUCCUUCACCGGCCCCAACUCGACCGCGCUGGCCAUUGCCACCAUCGCCGCCGCGCUCCUUGCUCUCAUCAUGUAG